CUCAUUUCACAGGAAGUGUACGGAAGUGUCACUUGGCAUGCUGCAAAGCGGCACAGAUCAGGGAUUGUGUUACCGGCGGGUUGCUGAGAAUGCUCAAACCGUGCAAGAACUGAUUUAGUCGUUUAGAAUAUCAGCAACGAAUCACUGUGACAAUAGUUCAUUAUUUUCAGUCACUGUACACCCUGAAAAGAAGUGUAAGGAGUAGGAAGAUGGAACCUCAACAGACUGACAAUCAGGUUGUUAACGGUGUUACGCCAGACAAGUCAACUAACGUUAACGUUACCGCUACAAACGAGAGACAUUCAAGCAACGACGCCACCGAACACCAGCCGGCCAGGGGGACAGAUGUGGCCCGAGCCCGAUGGACCAUUCUUCGGCAGGUGCUGAAACAGAAGCAGGUGGACAGCGAGAAGGUUCCGCAGGUGUCCGUGCGUAGGUUCUCCUCUUUCAACCUGUUCUCCAGGAGCAGGGUCACAACCCCUGACCCUGACGACCCCUCCGAGGGACAGUGGGUGGACUACCGAAGUGCCUCCUUUCCUCAGUAUAGUGCCUUCCUCAGAGACAACCUCGGGCCCAUCAGAGUGACUGAGGUGCUCAAUAGCUUUGACAACACCGGAAAUGUCUAGAGCAGUGUCUAGCCUCCUGU